UGCUCUGAAUUCGUAUCUGUGUUAUACACAAACCACAAUGUCCGCCGAUGAGCAGGUAGCGAAGGAGGAGGUGUUCCAGAAACCGGGAGACCUUGUCGAAAGAAACGAAGAAACUGGUGUCAUGCAAGUGGAGAGCUUGUGUAUGAACUGUCAUGAAAAUGGAAUAACUAGACUUUUACUGCUCCGCGUCCCUUUCUUCCGCGACAUUAUCCUCGAGUCGUUUGAAUGCGAACACUGUCACUUCAAGGACAACUCUGUCAAGUCCGCCGGACAGAUUCAGGAGAAGGGCUCUGUAUACACUCUCGAUGUCGAAAACGAAGAGGAUAUGCAGCGCCAGGUUAUCCGAAGCGAUGUCUCCAUUUUCAAGGUUGAGUCGCUGGGUAUCGAGAUGCCCAAGGGUGAGAGUCAGUUGACGACUGUGGAGGGCGUUAUUCAAAAGAUCCACGAGUCGCUCUCCAGCGAGCAGCCAUUGCGGAAGGUUCAGGCGCCUGAGCUUCACGAUGCGCUAGUGCCCAUUAUCGACAAACUGCAGAAGAUCUUGGACCGAGAAGGUUACCCAUUCACCGUUUCUUUGGAUGACCCAACCGGUAACUCUUGGAUCGCCCCUACCACCCAUGAUACUGGACACAAAUACAGACGCCGUGACUAUGCCCGCACCCACGAACAGAACGAACAACUCGGAAUCGCGUCAGAUCCCGAAGCGCUCAAGAACGAAGGGAAAACAAUUGGCAAUCUCGAUGACGUCGAUAUUGUGGAUGGAAAGGUCUACAGUCUUCCCGCUGACUGUCCUGCCUGUGCCAAGGAGUGCACCGUCAACAUGCAGAAGGUGGAUAUUCCAUACUUCAAGGAAGUCUUUAUCUUGAGCAACGUCUGCGAGCACUGCGGAUACCGCUCCAGCGAUGUCAAAACUGGUGGUGAGGUUCCAGAGAAAGGAAAGCGCAUCACGCUCAGCGUCGAGACGAUUACGGAUCUCCACCGUGAUAUCCUGAAGUCCGAUACCUGCGCACUCCACAGUGAGGAGCUUGAAGUUACGGUCCAGCCUGGCACUUUAGGCGGACGAUUCACAACGGUUGAAGGUCUCCUCACUGAAAUUCGCGACCAGCUCAAGGGCCAGAUCUACGAUAUCGACGAUUCCACACAAAGCGGAGGUGACAGCAUGUCAGCUACCGACAAGGAGAAAUGGGCUCGCUUCUUCGACCGUCUUGACUCCGCCAUUAAGGGCGACUUGAAGUUCUCCAUCACGCUUGAAGACCCUAUGGCCAACAGCUACGUUCAAGACUUGUGCGCUCCCGCGGCAGACCCUCAAUUAAAGACCGAAGAGUAUACCCGGACUGAAGAGGAAGAAGAAGAGCUGGGUCUUAAGGACAUGAAGGUUGAAGGAUACGAGGCAGAGGCGAACGAGAAGGAUGGAGAGGAAAACAAGUCAUGACCUAUUGUAACGAUACCCACACAGACAUUGUAAUGUCUCCAUUAUGAUCUUUCGUUCUUGAUGUUAUGAUAUCUUGGCCUCUUAUGAGUAUGGUGAUAAUAGUGCAUGAAGUUUAUUUAUAGAGCGAGAACCUGU